AUGUACAAACGUGCUCACGAGGGCGGUCGUAAACCGCCGCGGCCGCCGCUCACACCGUCGCGAGCGGCGGACGGCGCCCGCGCCCUCGCAGCGUUCAGCCACGGGCCGCGAACAGCGCAGGCGCCAAACGCGGGAGAUUCGGCGAUGGUCCGCGCAACGUUCGCGCCCGUGCACGCAAUUACUAAGCAGCUUGGCCAAACUUAUCCGAAUGCAUUGCCGGGAAUACCCGUAAACUACUCGCGGGAGACACCGCGGCAGCUGCCCAUCGUCGGAUUGGUCGUAGUAACCCGCGGUAAAAACAAGGGGCCGUUGGGAAAUGGCGCAAUGAGACAGCCACCGGAGCCAGGGCCGUUUGAAACAAUGCGCGGAUUAUCAAGAGCGCAGCGGCAGCAGGAGGUGCGCAGGCGCGGUGGGCGCAACGGCGCUGCGGCACGUCGCCGCCAACGAGGCACGUCCGGCCGCUCCGUUGCGACACCGCGGCACGCGCUGCCGCGAUCUGGCUACGCGGCCGCCGUCACUGUCUGCGGGCUAGGAGCAGGCCAGGCCUACUCGGAACCCUUAUAUAUAUGCCUCUUA